CAGCGAGAAGGAAAGGGUGAGCCGUCGUUUCCUGCCUCGCGCCCGCUGGGAGUUUGAGUCCCCUCCCGGAGCUCGUCGCCCGUGUCCUCCGUGCCAGCCUCGGGGGACUCGGGUAUUUCUUGGAAACUGGAAUUUUUACCUCGAACCAAAACGCAGGUUUUAGUUAAGAUGCGAUGGAGCAAAGUGAUAGGUGCUGAGAGUGGGGAAUCUGGGGCAAAACCCAAAGCAGAACGAGCAUUACGCAGAAAGCAGUAUCUUUGCCUCGUUAUGUGUUUGCCAUUAAUGCACUCUAACGAAGCAGACUGGAGCCCCAUCCUCCGAAUCACCAUUUAAAGUCUCCAUACAGAAUUAGUCCCAGCAUCCUGACUUUUCCAUCAUGUCAGAACCCAUCACGCUCAAUGUUGGAGGAAAACUCUAUACCACCUCUCUGUCCACCCUGACUAGCUUUCCAGACUCCAUGCUGGGGGCCAUGUUUAGUGGGAAGAUCCCAACCAAGAAGGACAGCCAAGGCAACUGCUUUAUCGACAGAGACGGCAAAAUCUUCCGCUAUAUCCUGAACUUCUUACGAACUUCUCACUUGGACCUCCCUGAAGAUUUUCAGGAAAUGGGCUUACUUCGACGUGAGGUAGAUUUUUAUCAAAUUCAGCCACUGAUUGAGGCCUUGCAGGAGAAGGAGGUGGAGCUUUCUAAAGCGGAGAAGAAUGCCAUGCUCAACAUCACCCUUGAUCAGAAGACCCAGACUGUUCACUUCACCGUCCGAGAAGCACCCCAGAUCUACAGCCUGUCUUCCUCCAACAUGGAGGUGUUCAGUGCUCAUAUCUUCUCCACAUCAUGUCUGUUCCUGAAGCUUCUCGGUUCCAAACUUUACUAUUGCUUCAACGGAAACCUCUCUUCAAUAUCCAGCUACCUGCAGGACCCCAACCAUUUGACCUUGGAUUGGGUCGCAAGUGUGGAAGGCCUUCCCGAAGAGGAGUACACCAGGCAGAACUUAAAGAGACUCUGGGUGGUGCCAGAUAAUAAGCAAAUCAAUAGUUUCCAGGUGUUUGUGGAAGAAGUGCUAAAAAUAGCCAUGAGUGAUGGUUUCUGCAUAGAUUCUUCUCAUCCACAUACUUCAGAUUUCAUGAAUAAUAAGAUUAUUCGCCUAAUCCGGUACAAGUAGGAAUGGGUGUGUAUUCUGGUGCCAGCAUGGAGGUAACACAGGUUAAGUGUUUCCCUUUAAAACACACUUACAGCCUAAUUCAGAAUCAUGCUUAUCUGGAUUAAGAGUCACUAACAGGGAGAUGAUUUUCCUUUAAUGUAUUUACCAAUACGACCUUUCAGAAUAUGUCCAUAUUCUAGAUGGAAGGAAUAUUGUCUAGCGCCUGAAUUAAGGAUUGGUUCUGUCUCUGCCUCCACCUCUGACCUGCUGUACAAUUGUGGGGAAAAGUCACUUAACUUCUGUCCUUCCUACGUUUUCCGGCUGGAAAAUGGGAGUGAUCCUUAACCUAUGUCGCAAGGGGAUGUGAGGGUUCAGCGAUCAAGGUUUGGAAGGUAUCUGGAGAUCAGAUGCGGUGAAGGAUGCCGCGGAGCUGCAGUGCAGCAGACAGCCCUGGGGACACAUUUUCCAUGUCUUUCCAUAUCACCCAUGCAGAGCAUCCAAGAAGCUUCGUUGGAUCCAGAGAGAAGAAGCCUCUCCGCAUGCACGCACUAAGUAUAGCUGUAAAGGAUGGUGCAAACUGCAAAUGAGUAAGGGAUCCUGUCUGUUAGGGUUCAACAAAGGAUUUCUGUCACCAUCUGAAGCUGACUUAUUUUUUUUUCUGACCGCUGUGAGGAAGCCCCUGCUCUGUUCUGCUUUCAGGAAAGCCGUGUUUGACUGAUGUGACUGGCACAGGGAAUGACCAAGGAAGCCAUAGCAGAGAGAAUGGUGUUCUUAUGAACUGAGAAGAUUCUGGCUGGUGGGGGAACUUUGCUUUGGAUGCUCUUAAACCUUUACUUUUACAUUCCAAAGGCAUCCAAGACAACUAGUCCUUUUCUUUCUCUUGCAACGUUUUAUUUGUCUGGAGGAUGCUGCUGAAACUUUCUGAAGUGGAGACAGAUUUGGGGAGGCCCCCAAAUGUCUUCUAAAUGAUUGAGCCUCUUCUGCCUGGACACGGCCUUCUUUUGGGCACGUCACCCUGCAGCAGUGCCUGAAGUGCAUGGGAUGCUCUCUGCGUAGGAUAGAUUCCAUCUAAAAAGACAACUUUCCCAUCAGGUUACACCUAGUAUUUUUCAUUACAAAAAAAGCAGCUUACUUUUCUUAUCCCAAUACAUCGAGCCAUUUUUUUUUUAUAUAUCAUUGUGAAAUGGUCAGGUCACUAAGCUAGCAUUUUAUCCGCUCGUUGGACUUUGGUGUCAGGUUGUCAGAGGCAAGGCAGUGGGAAACCAGAGGCGAUGACAAUGGUCAAGCUUUUUCCUGUACGCCCAGUCUGUGCUAUAACGAAGAUCAUAAUCCACCAGCUGCACGUUAGCUCUGAACAUCAUUUGUGCCGCAUUCAAGGUGGUUCAUUCUCAGCUAAUUAUAUUGAAAAGUAUCUUAGCUGUCUUUCCCUAACCAGAUUGCUACGUGUGCAUGAGAGACCCUCUGGAACGUUUCCCGUUAUCUCUAAUGAGAUAGAAGGGAAAAUGCAAUAACCAAGUUUUGCGUGUAGAAUUUUAGUGGUUCCCAAAGUUCUCAGCACAGGGCUGCAAAGCUCAGCAUUGCUCAUGUUCUUGUUUCCGAAAGCAACUACUCUGUCGUCAUUAAGCUGACCUGUGAACAAGCAUAAAAAAGCAUUUUGUUACUGUUGUAAAAUACAGUGAGAUAAAUGUAUUUCUACUGUCCCAAGCUGUAAUUGCAUGAACAACACAAAUCAGCAUGCUGACGGUAAAAAUGCGCAUUUUGCAGCUAUUGGCAGCCUGUUAGAAACCACUGCCCCUGUCUGACUGGGUGCUAAACCAGCGUGAUAUACGUGGGACCAUGUUGUUGGGAAGCACUGACUGGGCUUGAAGCCUUCAGAGCCAUCAAACCUGGCAAGUUUUGUGAAUUUUGAGGAUUGUAAACAGGAUUUUGUGGCUAAAUUCCAAGCUGAGCCACCAUGUUCUUCUAGUUUUAGUUGCAUUAGGAAGAACUUUUUUUUUUUCCCCAUCCCUGUCCUGAAUUAUAAAGCAGGAGUAAUCUGUUCCAGGGGUUGCUGCAUGCCACCAAGAAAGGAAAACAACUCCUGCGUGAAUCUUAUUUCUGACUUGAGUUUGCCACUCGGUUGGACAUUCCAGUGAUGAUCUAUGCAGGUAGUAUGAUUGUGAUCUGUAAAAUUCCAUACAUGAACCCUCUUUCAUCAAAUCUAUGCCUUGAAACCCAUACGUCUUUGCUGAAUUUAUGCAAACAGAGCUUUCAGGGGCUGUUGGCAGUAUUUCUUUUUAGCCCACACCCUUGAGAGUAGAUUUUAAAUGAUCUGUAACAGGAGUUCUUGUAUGUCAGGACUAAAAUAAUACUUAUCGGUAGUAAUUUGUUUCCUGUCAGCUUGAGUUUACCCAAAGGUAAAAGCAGUGGGCUUAAAUCUCAUUUAGAAAGGAGAAGUCUGAUCUACACCCUUUAGAGCUCUGGAUCAGUAUUGUUCCAUUCUAUUUAAGCAAAAUAAAAAUAUUCCCUGGGAGAGUUGAAUCAUUACUGCGUUUUCUGGUGAAAGGCAAGUAAGAGGAGUCCAUAAAAGCACUAUGCAUAGCUGAAUCUAGAGCAUUUACUCUUCCCCUUUGCCUCCACCCCCUUUUCUGUUCUUCAGACUGUAGCAGCACCCCCACUAAAAGCAGUUACGCAGUUUCUUAAAAGUCUGAACAAGAAAUGAGGAGUGCCCCAACCUGGCUUAGACAGUAACUGGGGUAAUUCUGCUGACAUGGAAAUAUGGGUUUGGGUCCCCACAGACCGAGGAGAGAACUGAACCCAGGGCUUCUCCUGGAGUACUUUAACUUAUCAGUCUGUUACGCAAAAGAUGGACGACUCGAAUACACGUUUAUCUGUGCUCAUGUAACUAAAUCAGGCAGAGGUACAGCUGGCCACAAAUCUCUGUCAUUUAUUAAUAUGCAGAAAGAUGCAAAAUACCUCUCUUCUAUAUGCAGAAAGAUGCAAAAUUUCCAGGAAGUAUAAAGACAUGAGUGAAGACAGGCAUUGGGAGGAAGAGAAAAACUUGAGAUACCUCUAAAUUGCUAAGCAGAAUAAACAUCUUUAAGCACGAGAUACUAUUUAUAAUGCCACAGUAGUUCUGCAUGCUAAUCGAGCCUGUGAAACAAGCAGUAAGUGAAUCACUUGCGAUUGCAAACAUAUGUUAUACAAACGCAGUUGCUAUUUCAGACUACACAUUAAGCUAAAUUUAUAGCUGCUCCUUAAUUUUGCAGUCUGUGAGUUACGUUAUAAUGACUGUUUAUAGGAAUGUUCUCUCUCCAAAACAUUUGUUCCCUUUUUAUCUAGAUAGCUGGCUUUUGUUCACCUUCUUUUUCUGAGCCCUAGAGGUAUAACUUACUUUUGUUUACCAGUCAACAGCACUAGUAAUUCUUCUUCUCAAGAGUUUUCCUAAAUUACAGUGAACGUGCACGAAGCCAUAUUAAGUACAGCACAACCCCAUCGCUAGUCAUGAAAAGCACUUGGCAUUUAUUAGCAGUAACAUCUAAAAAUUAUUUCACUGUUGAGUGUAAUAUUCACAAACUUUUUUUUUUUUUUUUCCCCUCUAAGGGCCUGAGAACAAGGAAAGGAUCUAGGGAGAGGUUUUUUUCCUUUAAAGUUUGAAGGGUCCUUUCUUCCACAUCUCGGUGCGUAACUCCUGUUUCGAUUCUGCCAUAUGCCUGCCUCCCUCAACACCUUUGGGUACAAAAUGAGGCUAAAUCCUGCACUUCUUUUAAAAAAUGGCCUAAAUGCUGAGAGCGCCACUGAACAGAGCGAUCAAUAGUGUUAGGGCAGAAAAAUACCGGAGUUAGGGCAGAUGAUAAACAAGUUUUUAGCUGUAGUCUAAUGGCGUUUGCAGAUAUGGGCAUAUGCAUAGCACAGUGGGAUUUCUUAUAUGACAAAAAGAUAAUUAUGAAGCAUCUUAGUGGAGUCCAGAAAAAAAUCACUCGUGCAUUUCUCUGUGAUUUUGGGCUCGAUAGCUCUUAAAUAUCUAACAAUGUCCAGUUAUAAUGAAGGGAUUGAAACCAUACACAAAUACCAAGACAUCUUCGGUGCAUGCAGCUGUUAAGGGUCGGUAGGAGUUGGUGGGAAGAGUGUUUGUUGCUGCAGGAGAUGGCAGAGAAAUAAAAGAAAUAGGUGUAAAAAGUUAGACCUGAAAGAAUUCACGUUAACAAGAAAUCCAGGAUUUAGAAGGGAGAGAAUAAAGAAUCUUUAUAUGCUCAGGAAAAAAAAAAAAAAACAGCAAGAUAACAAUGGAGACAAAGAUUUUGCUACGGAAGGAGGCUGCCACUAGAAUGACUCACUGGUCCUUUCCAGUUUUAAUCUAUUAUGCAACUUAAAUAUUGGUCAUACUAAGAGUUAUGCUAGUAACUUGCUUCAAUUUGCCUGUGCUUUAAAUCACCAAACAUAUGCACUGCUGUAGUUCCCGUACUUUAACUGGGUUGCUGAGGAUAAAUUGCUGCUUGAGUUCACUGGCAGCAAAUACCUGCAAUCCAUCAGAUUAUUACGGCUCUAGGAAAGGCUGGUGGGGUCCGUAUUUAAGGUUGACGGGAGUGAUAAAUACUGCCUCCAGCUAAGGAAAAUAAAUCUAGGCUCUUCUGAUACUUCACAGAUAAAUGGAGAAGUUACGAAGAUGAUCCUUUGGGGAGUUUCAUUUUCACCCCAUCCCUUUGAAUUUGGCGUCACUGCUCAGAAUUUCAAUGUAUUUUGAAAUAUUUAACUGCCGUUCUGUAACGACUCCCAUAUCAACACACUGAUGGACACAAACAUGCAGGGUGCAAGCAGUGCUAAUAUGUGGCCCUCCUAGUAAAAGUCUUGUAUGUGAAUUAGUACAGGCAGUCAUGCAGAUAGGCUGUGCGAGAAGGGCUGGAUCGGGCAUAAAUAUGCAGCUCGUGCUCUCAGAUUCACUUGAAUAACACGAGGGAUGGUUUCCCUAUGAAUUCAGGAAAAAAAAAAAGCUGCAGAGGAGGGCUCUAUGGAAUAAUUCCUUUUCUCUUCCUCCUCUUGCCAUCCGCCUCCUUAUUUUCCUGCUCCCACUCCUAACUGUAGGAUUUUCCUGUUGAUCAGAAUUUGGUCCCCAAUUCACUAAAAGCCAUGCUUUUGAAUGAAUACUACUUGGAAAGUGUCAAAAGAUUUUUUUUUUAGUUCUUAUCACUUUCAUAGCCAGUAGGGCUAUUGCAUUUAAAAAUCUGGUUACAUUUCUCUGCCUGUAACUCAUAAACUCAUAGAAUUAUUUAGGUUGGAAAGGACCUUUAUCAUCAAGUCCAACCAUUAACCUAACACUGCCAAGUCCACCACUAAACCACUAAGCACCAUAUCUACGCAUCUUUUAAAUACCUCCAGGGAUGGGGACUCCACCACUUCCCUGGGCAGCCUGUUCCAGUGACUGACAACCCUUUCAGUGAAGAAUUUUUUCCUAAUACCCAAUCUAAACCUCCCCUGGUGCAACUUGAGGCCAUUUCCUCUUGUCCUAUUGCUUGUUACUUGGGAGAAGAGACCGACCCCCACCUGGCUACAACCUCCUUUCAGGGAGUUGUAGAGAGCGAUCAGGUCUCCCCUCAGCCUCCUUUUCUCCCGGUUCAACAACCCCAGUUCCCUCAGCCUCACCAGUGCCAGGUACAGGGGGACGAUCGCUGCCCUGGUCCUGCUGGCCACACUAUGUCUGAUAGAAGCCAGGAUGCUGUUGGCCUUCUUGGCCACCUGGGCACACUGCUGGCUCAUACUCAGCCAGCUGUCGACCACCACCCCCAGGUCCUUUUCCACUGGGCAGCUUUCCAGCCACUCUGCCCCAGGCCUGUAGCGUUGCCUGGGGUUGUUGUGACCCACGUGCAAGACCCGGCACUGAGCCUUGUUGAACCUCAUACAGUUGCCCCAGCCCAAUUUUUGUGAACUGUCACUUUUGUGAACUGUUACUAAUAUGUAUAUUAGAAAACAAUAAAUAAAAUUGCAUUG